UGACUCAGUUCACGUCGGUUGAUAAGGAACCUCAAAUUUUUGUAGUUGAUCAAUAGUGAACGAUGGAGCGAGUCCACUUUACAGUUAAUGGGAUUAAACAUAGUGUGGGAUGCGAGGUGAGCUCGGACGUGACGCUGCUGGAUUAUGUCCGCGACAAGAUCGGGCUGAAGGGUACCAAGUACAUGUGCCGCGAGGCUGGCUGCGGCGCUUGCGUGCUCAGCGUGCGGCGCGGUGAUACACCAUCCUACGGAGUCAACUCGUGUAUGAUGUCCGUGACUUCAUGCCAUGGCUUGGAUAUCACCACUAUCGAAGAUUUGGGGAACAGGAAGAAAGGCUACCACGCGCUGCAGACAACCCUGGCGGAAGACAGUGGCUCCCAGUGUGGGUACUGCUCACCUGGCUGGGUCAUGUCCAUGUACAGUCUUUUGCAAUCAAACCCAGAUAUCACAAUGUUGGAAGUCGAAAGAUCGCUUGGCAGCAACGUCUGUCGCUGCACAGGAUACAGACCGAUCCUUGACGCUUUCAAGAAAUUUGCCAAAGAUGCUCCGAGACAAAUAACUCUCCCUGACAUUGAAGAUCUUCACAUCUGCAAGAAGACAGGCGAAGAGUGUGAUAAGAGUAACUGUGAGGAGAGUGAGUGGUGCUUUGUGGAUAAAGAAGAUAUUAUUGAAAUUAAAUUGAAAGAUGGGAGACUUUGGGUGCGAGUGCUAUCAGUAAAAGACAUCUUUAAGAUUCUGACCAGAGAAGGCGAUAGUUCCUAUAUGCUUAUUAAUGGGAAUACCGGAAAAGGUGUUUAUCCAAUUGAUGAGUAUCCUCGGCUUCUUAUUGAUAUAAGUGGAGUCCAAGAACUGAAAGGCUACGUUUUAGAUCAGAACCUAAUAGUUAAAGCUGGAACAACACUCACUGAGUUUCUACAAAUACUUAAGACGGUUGCUAAAAAUGAAUAUUUUGAGUACUUGCUGAAAAUAUACGAACACGUUCAGAAGGUCGCACAUAUCCCUGUUAGAAAUUUGGGGUCCAUCGCUGGCAAUCUCAUGUUGAAGAACAAAAAUGCAUGGUUCGUUUCAGAUAUUUUCGUACUUUUAGAAACAGUUGGGGCUCAAGUCACCAUACAAAUAAGCUCUUUGGUUACGAGGACCCUGACAAUGCAACAGUUUCUGAAGACAUCUAUGAAGGGACGAGUUCUUUUGAACGUUAUGCUCCCGCCGUUGAGUAAGGAGCACAAACUAGUUACCUUUAAGGUGAGCGCUUUACUCGUUUCUUCACCAAUUCGAAACUAGAUCGAGCUGCUCUUCUAUUC